AUGCGUUUGGAGGAGUCCGCGCUGCAGCGCUUCCUGGAAGGAUCGCUUCCUCGGGCCAGGUUUUCGACAAGUUUGUUUUGUUUUUUCGACAUCUCCAGACUUUCAAGAGAAAGUCUUGGGCAAGGGACAGGGAAGAAAUCCCGCAAGGGACGAAGAGUGGAGGACGCAAACCCUGAACACAAGGUCUACUUGCAGCUGGGGUCGGUGAUGGUCGUGGUGCAGGCGUGCGAAUCCAGCCGCCUGGCCCGCAACUGGGUGGCCGUUUCCGGGUCGGCGAUGACGACAAAGCAUGCCAGUCCGCAAGGAAGCUGA